GGAAGUUCUCCAGUGGGUGGAGUAACACUGAAACUGAACACUCCUGGGGGGGAGGUGGACUUUCACAGCUGAUCUUCUCUGCUGAUCUGCUGCUUUUGUUGGACACCUUUCAGAGGAAACUCAGGAGUGAAGGAUUUAAGAACCAGCAAUGCCUCCUUCUUCAAAAGCACAUCAAGUUGUCCUGAUAGUAACAUGCUGGCUUGGUGGAAUCGCCACUUGUUUGCUGUUUCUCCAGUACAGCCAGAGGAACUGUCAAUCUUUAGCUUUUCCUUCAAAGCAAGAAAAAACCUUGAGUGAAAUAAGCUUGAAUGGCAUUAAAGAUGAUCCCAAAGAGGUUACAAAAGAGGCUCUCAAAGAGGUUCUCAAAGAGCUCACCAAAGAGGUUCCCAAAGAGGCUACCACUCCAGCAGUUCAGAAAGAAAAACCCAUCUUAUUGGUUUGGGUCUGGCCUGAAAACUUCAGAUUUGACUUAAGCGACUGUCAAACCUACUACAACAUCGAUGGAUGUCGUAUUAUAGAUGAUCGGAACCUGUACAACCAGGCGGACGCGGUCCUUAUCUUCCACAAAGCUAUCAGUUGGGAUCUAUCUAACCUCCCGCCAUCUCCUCGCCCUCCUUUCCAGAGAUGGAUUUGGUUCCACGUUGAAUCGCCGACCAACACUCACCGAAUUCCAGGGUUGGAGAACCUCUUCAACCUCACCCUCAGUUACAGACGCGAUGCCGAUAUCUCUGUGCGAUAUCCUCUCACUGUCAGCAAAACGCCAAUCGAGGGGUUCCAGAUUCCCAAGAAGGACAAGCUUCUUUGCUGGUUUGUGUCCAACACCAACCCCAGUACUGGAACAGGGACCAGGAUGAAGUUCUAUGAAGAGUUCAAGAAACAUAUCAACAUAGACAUCUUCGGGAACAUGGCCGGAAAGCGCUUGAAAGAUGAGGAGUACUUCCCUACCAUGUCCAGCUGCAAGUUCUACCUGUCCUUGGAGAAUUCCAUCCACAAGGACUACAUCACCGAGAAGUUCAAUGGCCCCGUUUCCGUGGGGACUGUGCCUGUUGUGUUGGGACCCCCAAGAGAAAACUACGAACAGUUUGCUCCACAUAAUUCCUUCAUUCACGUGAAUGACUUCGCUAGUCCUUUAGAACUAGCCAAUUAUCUGCUUCAACUGGACAAGGACGACGAGGCCUACAGUCGCUACUUUGAGUGGAGAAAACAUGUGACUGCAACCCGUCAUCUGACCACUUGGAAUCAAGAGUUCGUUACGUACAUUUGCCACGCCUGCGAAUACAUCGGAGUGCACAAGGAGUAUAAAGAAGCUCACGAUAUAUACAAGUGGUAUUUUUCGUGAUGCAGAGCUGCACAUUUAUUUUUUAUUAUUUUUUUUUUUACAAUGCUGAGACAUUAUAAUGGAAACAAACCUCUACAUGGGAAAAGCCAUACAUGGGAAAUGGGCAACAUAAAACAGUAUAUUGCACAAUAUUUAUAACAAAACAAACAAAAAAAAAAACGUAUUCUACCCUCAAACAAAGAACUUUUCAUUUCAUUUCAUUUCAUUUCAAUUUUUUCCUAUUUUCUCCCCAAUUUACACAACCAAUUACCCAACCCACUCAUUAGGACUCCCCUAUCACUAGUGAUGCCCCAACACACCAGGAGGGUAAAGACUAGCACAUGCUUCCUACAAUACAUGUGAAGUCAGACACCACUUCCUUUCAAUCUGCUGCUGAUGCCGAGCACCAUCACAGCGCGCUUGGAGGAAAGCGCAGCGACUCGGUUCUGAUACAACAGCUCACAGACACCCAGUGCUGUGAACAUCACCCUAGGAGUGAUGUGGGGAGAGAGCGCCAUCUACCCACCUGGAGGGAGAAGGGCCAAUUGUGCUCCCUCUGAUCGCAAGGCUGCAUGAGCGGGGGUUCGAACCUGCGACCUCCCGCUCAUAGUGGCAGCGCUUUAGACCGCUGGACCACUCAGCACCCUUUAAUGGAACUCUUAAUGGAACUCUUAAUGGAAGUCAAUGUAUACAAUGAUUGUAUUCCUUUUGUAUGCUGGUCUGCUCAUCCUGGAACUUGAAUAUAAUAUAAAUGACAAAUGCAAGGUUUACACUACAUCCAAAAAGGGAAAAUGGAGGUCGAGAUAUCGAAACAAGCAUUUUUGCACAUAUCGUGUCAUAACAUCAGAUGUUUAUUUUUAAGUGUUAAUGGUUUCGUAAAAACAUUUUGUUUCAAUUUGUCCCCAUUUAUACCACAGUUAUGAAGCUUCAUUUCCAUGCAGUUAUUACAAUGUAAUUAUAAUGUAUAAGCAAAUUUUGCUUUCAGGACCACUUUCAGAACCAAGGCUAGGUCAAGACUGGUCAAACCGAGACUGAGACCAGGAAUGGGUGAGAUUGAGACUAGGCUGAGACCAGAUAAUUUUUUUUUUUUUAAUUUUAUACAAAUUAUGAGACGAAAAAGGAAAAACAGAAGUUAAAUAAUUUGUAACUCAUUGUACAUUUAUCAUCUUUUAUUAUAUAAGAUAUCAUGGGACAUAAUUAUUCAAUAUAUUUUGCUAUGUCUUCUAUAUUCUAAAAUAUAAAAUUAAUCAAUAUAUCCCUUCCAGACCUGCAUUAUCUCCAGAGAUGUAAAAUUUGUAAAAAAAAAAAAAAAAAAAAAAAAAAACGCUGUUACUUUCCCUUAAUUACUCCAAUACUACUGUUUUUACAGUGCAGUGGGCGGGGCCUAAUUACUGUUUCAUUGCUUUAUAAACUUGUUCAUUGGCUGGUUCAUGGUCUAUUCUAAUGGACAACAGGGCUCAAUUAGUGUUGAAUAAAAACAAAACGUUUAAAAAUGAAGGAAGUACAUGAUGUCCACUAUAAUGAAUGCAGGGUCUGGAUAUGAAUUUUAUGGUGCUCGGUUUAAUAUUAUCAGCUAUCUAACUAGACAAUAGUCUAACUGCACUUAUGUAAAUUAAUCAGCAGUUAAUUUGACAUUGUCACCUUGCAUUACAUAAUGCAUCAUGGUAAGUCACACAAACCAAACACUGCACUUGUAAGAGAGCACUUCAAUUUCUGAAUCAGUUUCUCUGAUUUUGCUAUUUAUAGGUUUAAGUUUGAGUAAAAUGAACAUUGUUUUUUUAUUCUAUAAACUACGGACAAGAUAAAAAUAUUAAAAAAUAUUUUGAGCACUUACAUUCAUAACGUUUUAAGAGUUCAGAAAUCAAUAUUUGGUGGAAUAUCCCUGGUUUUUAAUCAUAGUUUUUUUUUUUUUUUUAAUCUUGGCAUCAUGUUCUCCUCCACCAGUCUUACACACUGCUUUUGGAUAACUUUAUGCUGCUUUACUCCUGGUGCAAAAAAAAUAAAGCAGUUCAGCUUGGUUUGAUGCCUUGUGAUCAUCCAUCUUCCUCUUGAUUAUAUUCCAGAGGAAAAAAAUAAUGGAAAAAAUAAAAGAAAGAAAUAAAAAUGAAUGCAUGGAGAUUAAGCUUCAUAACAGUCUUUAAAAGGGAAUGAUGUCAAACCUUGAUACACUGUCAAUUUGAUUGUUGAUGUGUACAAUACAAAGAUGUCAUGUCAUGUCAUGUAAACCCUUCGCCUUUUCUCCUCAUCAGACAUGGUGGACUAGGUGCCAUACAGUCCUCAUCGAGAUGGAUGCUUGGUUUCCCAACCUUAUUUGCAGUAUUCUGUUCGCAUAGAUGUGUAAAAAAUGGAUGAAGGAUGUAUAGAUGGUGUUUUUAUAUAUUUAUAUAAAUAUAUAUAUAAACUAUUGAAAUUGAAAAUAUUGCAUUAUUAUUCUUUUUUUUUUUUACAGAGGUCAAUUGUUGUGUAUUUUGAAGAAGAGAGAUACAACCUUCUUAACUUUCAAUGGAAGUCGGUGUAAAAAAAAAUAUAUAUAUAUAUUUUUUUUUUCAGGUUAUUUUGUUAAAUUUCUAUUGGUCUAUUCAUAAAGAAAUUUUGACAGUGUGUGAAGGACAGUUUGCAUGUUCAAAUUAUGUAAACGACAAUCGAUUAAAAAUCAUGUCCGAUCUGUAAAGCAUGUCCAAUAGCAUCCCACGCAUUUUCAAUCAGGGAUAGGUGUGGCCAUGGCAUGAAAUCUGUGUUUUCAAGGCAAGCGUAGAAUAUGGUCUGAAUUUAAAUCAAUAAAACUAUUGAAUUUUUUAUUGAA